CAAAAAUAAAAAAAAUAAAAUUCAUGCAAACUCAAAAAUAAAUCGAGAAUGUAAAACGACAUCAAUUUCUACUAUACCCUACAUGUUAUCGAUUUAAUCGAAAUUUCUGCACAUAACUACAAAUUUGACAUUUCCUAAACACAAAAAAAUCCAAGCAGCUGUAUUCGUUUUCGUUCGUUGUCCACCUUCCCCCACCGACCGACCAGUCAACCAUCCACACCUCAUCCAUCAUCAUACAUUCAUACCACACAAAAAUUGCACUGCACUUCACUGUUCACUCCGACAUCCGAAUACGACUCCAGCAGCGUUGCGUUGAGUGUUUUUAUUUUAUUUUUACACAAAAAUCUUGUUUUUAGUUUCUAUCAAUAAAUAAUUUCAAUUAAAAAAUAUUACAUUAUUUUCACUGAAUAAAUAAUGGACCCAAUACAACUCUAUGAGUUCCAUAAAAUGUGUCGAAUUUGCCUGAAAAACGAUUUACUCGUUUCGAUAUUUAGUCCAACUUUUCUUGUACGACCAAUUGAUAUGGUGGAAAAGUUGAACAUUUUCAAGUUUAAUCCAGAUGAUAAUCUUCCAACAAUGCUGUGCCAAUCGUGCCUAUAUCGGCUAGUUGAUGCUUAUAAUCUCAAGCAGCUUUCAGAGUCCUCCGAGAGUCGGCUGCAUGAAUAUUUGAAUUCAACAAACCACCAGCUGGGGGGCUUCGCGAAGCCCUUUAUCAACAUUUCUUCCAUAUCAAACGAUCGUUUGAGUAUUGAGAACCAUGAGUCCACAUUUUCGUCUGCGCAAUCACAAUUAGACAGGGACGAUGAUAUAUAUGAUAAUAUUUGUGAUAUAUUCGACCGCAACAAUUCAAAUGAUAUCGAGGUUGAGGAUGAUGUCUUGAAUGACGUGGUGAUCGAUGUUAGCACUCUCACAAGAUCAGACGCCGAGGAUACCAUCCAAGACACCAUAAUACUUAGUGGGGAUCUUAAACAGGAGAUCGAGAUAGAACAACCGACUGAGGUAGUAAAUAUAACGACCAAAGUUAGUCCCAAAAAAGCACGUAUCAAAAAGAAAGAAAAUAAACCUCUCAAGGUUCCUGAGCAAUGCAAUGAAUGUGGCAAAGUGUUCGAAUAUCCUCGAUACCUGGAGUCUCAUAUGAGGAUUCAUACCGGCGAAAAACCUUUCCAAUGUGAAAUUUGUCAUAAAGGAUUUGCUCAAUCGAGUAAUCUUUUAUUGCAUGCACGUGUUCAUACUGGAGAACGUCGUUAUCAAUGUGAAAUUUGUAGUCGAUUCUUUACAACGACCAGCAACUUAAAAGCGCACAAACAAACCCAUUCCGAGGAACGUGUCUAUGAAUGUGCGCAUUGCGAUAAACGUUUCAAAACCCAACGUGAUUUAGUUAAACACGAGCCAGUACAUCGUGAGACAAAAGACAUUGUAUGUGAGAUUUGUAAGAAGACAUUUUUAAAAAUGUCCUAUCUCAAUGUACACAUCAAGGCUGUUCAUAAGGGCAUUAAAAAUCACAAGUGCACUGGAUGCAAUAAAAUAUUUGCCAAUAAAUCCAAUUUAGUGUGUCACAUGAGAAUUCAUACCGGUGAAAAGCCUUAUCAAUGCAAAGAUUGCCCAUCGAGUUUUAAUCAGUCUUCAGCGUUAGUAAGACAUUCCAAAAAGCAUUUAAAACAAGGUCCUCCAAUUGGAAUACAAUUAAAUGAAAAAGUGGAAUUAGAACAUGAUAAUAAUAUUCCACCUGAAAACAGUAUUAUGGAAAAUUAUUUACCCACCGAAGAAGAAGGAGUAGAACAACUUCUACCCAGUGUACAAUCUAGUCUUCUCGAACUCGAUGAUGCCUUGAAGUGGUAAAUUAUUCUUGACGAAAAAAAAAUUAAAAUCAAAAUUCGGCAGCUUUAUACAACGAUUCGAUGGGAGAAUAGGACAAUUCGUUUUAAGUUAUCCGC